AUGACGGCGUCCUGCGCGCCGCGCACAGCCCAUCGCUGCUGCCUCGAGAAGCGCUUUUCUUUUUUGUGUUGUUUUGGGAUCCCUUUGAUGGCCUCAGUGCUCCUGAUACCCAUGCCCUCUGAUGCCUGUGAUCCUCCUCCGAGAUACAUCUCUAUGAGGCCAAAUGUUACUAAACCCAAUUAUAAUCCUGGGGACAGAGUAUACUUCGAGUGUCGACCAGGAUACAAGCUUAUUAUACCUUUUCGUUCCAAAUUUUCCAUUUGUCAGCCUGAUAACACAUGGACACCUCUCGACGAGGCUUGUACGGAAAAAUUAUGUCAACAUCCAGGAGAACCUCUAAAUGGCCAGGUAGUCGGUGUAAAUGGAUCUUUUAUCUUUGGUUCCCAGGUUCACUACUCUUGUAAUGAGGGUUUUCGGUUAAUUGGAAAAAGUAUUCUGUAUUGUCAACUUUUUAGUCAUAACGAAAAUACAGUGAUUUGGAGUGAUGAUCCCCCACUAUGUACAAAGAUAAUGUGUCAGUCACCUGGAGAAAUACCAAAUGGAAAACAUACCAGUAGUGAGAAGGAUGAAUUUGAAUAUAAUGAAGUGGUAACUUAUAGUUGUGAUUCUUCAAGUGGACCAGACGAAUAUUCACUUAUUGGAGAGCGCAGGCUUAUUUGUUCUGGCGAUGGUGUAUGGAGUAGUGACCCUCCUCAGUGUAAAGUUGUCAGAUGUCCACUUCCAGACCCUGAAAAUGGAAAACUGAUAUCAGGAUUUGGAAGAAAAUAUUACUACAGAGCAACAGUCGAAUUUGAAUGCUUACCGGGUUUUUACCAUGAGGGCAGCAACAGAGCUGUCUGUGGCAGUAACAGUACUUGGGAACCGGCAAAGCCAGUGUGUCUUAAAGUGUCGACUCCUCCCAGUACAAAACCUCCAAUUUCGAGUGCCUCAGGUUUAGUACCUUCCUACUUAUAUUUUUCAAAAUCAUCUAAAUCUCUAAUGUUUUACACGCAUUCAUCAUGUUCAUUGCUGGACUGCAACCAGUUUAGUUUGGUUUUUGGUGUUGGUGUUGGUAGUGGUGUUGGUGUUGGUAGUGGUGUUGGUGUUGGUAGUGGUGUUGGCAGUGGUGUUGGCGUUGGUAGUGGUGUAGGUGUUGGUGUUGGUAGUGGUGUUGGUAUUGGUGUUGGUGUUCGUAGUGGUGGUGGUUGUGGUGGUCAGAGUAAAAAGCCACAUAUUUCAGAGAAGGGAACGGUGCCUGCCGUUGCUCGUGCAAAGGGACAGAAAAAACCAACAGCUGAGGUAGCACCGGUUGCUCAGUUGGGACAGACUGUGGCCUCUGCGUCCUCACCCCAGGCGGGGUCUCUUUCGGAGAAGCCCAGGGGGGACGCCCACUCGAACUCACAGGACACUUUUAAAAAGUUUCGUUUUGCACUUUUACGUUUAGUAGCGCAAAUUAGGCCAAAGAAACAUUGCCCGGAGAAGGAGAUGGUUGGGAAUCAAGCAUGGACCAUGUUUGUGACGCACUGUAAGUGCGUCCUCUGGGAUCUGGGGGGGGGUGGGGGGGAGGUUGGGGAAGAUCAGAUUGAGCAGAAAGAAACAGGAAUUUGGAAUUUGGAAUUCAGUACGGAGGUGAAGCUGUACCAGCCCCAUUGUCGGGGGCUUUUCACGAAUGUAGCAGUUGCUUUGAAGCAAGGGAUGGUUGUACUGUUUAUUUUUAACAAGCCAAAUUGA